AUGCUGCAGGCGAUUGCAGGGGAGGAUAGAAUCAGCGAGUUGCCGGACGAUGUGCUGGUGUCCAUCUUGGAGAAGCUGGGCAACACGCGCCAAGCGGUGGCAACCAGCGUGCUGUCGAGGCGAUGGCUGCACCUCCCAUGGUGGAUACGCCGGCCCUUCCUCAGCAUCUUCCAGUUCCUCCCCAGAUCAGCCAGAGCCGGAGGAGAAGACGGUUUCAAGAACUUGCAGCAGCGAGACCUCGACCGAGCCAUACCUCCCUUCGUCAGGGCAGCCAUGGCGUUCUUGGCCUCCCCCACGGCCACCCACUGCCUCGCGCUGAGGUUCCUCCUCACGGACGAGGAGGACGACGAGCUCGUCUACGCCGUGCGCCACCUCCUUCUCGCCGCGGGCGCGGCGGCUGACGCCGGCGGCGGCGGCGCACGAUGCAGCUCGGUGCAGCUCGAUGUCCGCGCGACGGCGGACACCACCGAGGCGCAGAUGCGCGACGGCGCGCGGCGGCGCCUCCUCCUCACCGGCCUCGUGGCGCGGCCGCGCGGCCUGCUGAUCACGAAGCUCCGGCUGGAGAGGCUAUGGCUCACCGCGGCGGACGUGGCCGCUGUGCUGGGCGCGUGCGCGCGGCUGGUCCACCUCACGCUGCACGGCUGCCGCGCCGGCCGAGGCGAGGGCGCGGCGCUGGCGAUCGACGGCGCGCCGGAGCUGCGGGAGCUGGUGGUCAGGGGGUGCGGCUACCGGCGGGUCGAGCUGCGACGCGCGCCGAAGCUUGUCCGGCUCACCCUUGAGAGCUGGAGCUCGACGACCACGACUGCUCCGCUCCGCCUCGCCGCGGCUCCGUGCCUCCGCGAGAUUUCUCUCGUCAAUUCUUGUACACGGCGUUCUUCACAAAGAUUCAGGCUGAGCGAGCUCUUGGCUAGCGCCACCAACCUGGAUUGCCUAUCUCUCAAUUUCAGAAAUGAGGAGGUAAGUUGGAUUUGGAUACAACCUGAGGAUUCAAACCGAUUUGUUGCUGCGUUUGGCAGGCUGACUACCUUGUCUCUCUGCCGGAUAUUUGACGAGUGUGACCUUCUAUGGACGUUGUACCUCCUUAAAGCUGCACCGUCCCUCCGAAAAUUUAGUAUUGGGGUCCAGAAACAUUCUUGCCAGUAUGGAGGAAGUGAAGUCAAGCAGAGGCAAAUCCUCUUCCCAGAGAAAAGGAACAUGUUCUGGAUAGAUUUUAAUUUCCAGCACUACCAUUUGGCACAACUAGAGAUUUGUGGAUUUGAGGCAAAUGACAAAUAUAUGAUAUUUACAAGAUUAAUCAUGGAGCAAGCUAAAAAUCUAAAGGUUGUCAUUCUGUCAGAUGAGAAGACUUGUGAUGAGUGUGAUUUUCAGGAUGAUGGAACCUCCUCAACAGGAUCAAGUUACCCGAAGAACAAAGAAGAGAAACGUUUGAUACAGAAGCAACUGACAGAAGGAAUUUCUUCACCUGUCAGAGUAUUGGUACUAUGAUAGUAGUAGAAUGUUUCACAGAGUGAACAGAAAGAUCUUGAACCAUACAUUUUGUAUUUUCACCACUUCGAUGUUAAAUCACUACUUUAGCGGUUUUGAGAAAAAAAUGUAGUUUUCUAACUCAUUAUAAGUAUUUGUUUUAAUAUUUCUAAGUACCUCACAAUCACUGUAAAAGCUCAUGCUUUAUGUGGGCCUUGGUACGUACAUAUAAGAACAACACUUGCCCAUCAUCUCUUUGGGCAAAUGAGUUAAAAGCUAGAACUUCUACGGUAUUGAGAGAUGGAGCAAUAUAGAUCAAUAUAGAUCAAGAGAGGGGCAAGGUAUGAAAUAAAAAUUAUCGUAACCAAUGGUUGUAUGGAAUAAAAAUUAUCAUAACCAAUGGUUG